ACACCGUUUUCAUUGAUUCGUGGACGUUUAAUUAUUCUCUCUGUAAGAAAAGAAAAGGAGAAGACGAAGAAGAAGAAGAAGACGACAAGAGUGACGAUGAAAGUGAGCUUGGAAGGGAAGAGAGUGGUGUUGGUACCGUACAUGUCGGAACAUGUCCCGAAGUACCACAGUUGGAUGCAGGAUCCUGCGCUUCUCGAAGCUACUGGAUCUGAGCCGUUGAGUCUGGAGCAGGAGUAUGAGAUGCAAAUCUCUUGGACUCAAGAUCCCAAUAAGCGGACUUUCAUUGUCUUGGACAAAGAUUUCAUAAAGGGAGACUUGGCUCAUGGCGAACCUCAUGUAGAAGCCAUGACGGGUGAUGUGAACAUUUACAUGAACGAUGUGGAUGAUCCUAAGGUUGCAGAGGUGGAAAUAAUGAUAGCUGAGCCCACAAGUCGUGGUAAAGGAAUAGGAAAGGAAUCUGUGUUGAUGAUGAUGGCUUAUGCUGUCAAGAACUGGGAGAUUCACAAGUUUACAGCCAAGAUUGGGGACUCAAACACAGCUUCCCUCAGCUUAUUCCGCAAACUGGGUUUCGAGGACACUUCUCACAGUGAAAUCUUCAAAGAGGUUACACUAGAGUACACGGUGACAGAUCUCCGUCGAGCAGAGCUUUUGAAGUCAUUGGAGGAUGAUGUCAUCACGCACACUCAUUCAUCUGACAGCCCAUCAGAUUCGCUGCUAGCAGGGAAAGCUAUUGCAUAGGGCCUUUGUUCAAUGCCUUAUUAUUGUUGAAAGAAAAGACAUAGUUUACCGUGUCUGAGCCUAAACAAAAUGAUGGUAGCACAAUAAUAUAUAUGGAGUUUUAUGGAGCUUCUAACGAACGUAUACGAGCUUACCAACAAGGGAAAACUUUUCUAAACUUCGGAUACAUCUGAUCUUUCUUUUUAGGUGUUAAAAGAAAUGAGAAAUGUAAUGGCAAUAAUUACUUGUAAUUGUAACCAAAGAUAUUAGACCGCAGUAAAUCUAAAGAUAAAAUAACGAAUUUUCUAUUAAA